AUGUCGAUAGAAUUACCAUGUUAUAUUCAUAUAAAAUGUGAUCGUGGUGACAAACCAUUCUGUCUUGAUUGGCGUGAAGUAUGUGAUGGACGUAUUGAUUGUAUGAAUGAAGGUUUAGAUGAAGCAUAUUAUUUUGAUAUGGAAAUAAAUGAAUGUGAAGAAAAUGAAUAUCGAUAUCAUAAUGGUUUAUGUAUUCCAGAAAAAUUUUGGGAAAAUGGUUUUGGUGAUGCAGAUUGUCUUGAUCGUUCAGAUGAAUUCGUUGAUAUUUCAUAUCCAAAUAAUUGUUUUCAAGAUCCAACAUUUUGUUGUGAAGAACAUUCAUGUCGAACUAAUUGGUGUGAUUUUCCAUGUGGAGAUGGACAAUGUGUGCAAACAUUUAAUAAAUGUCAUAAUGAACGUCAUCUUUCAUUAAUUAAAUCAAUAUCAAAUCAAGGUUAUUUAUCAAUUAAUUGUUCAAUUGCGAUGAUGUGUCUAACUAAACUUAUUAAACAAACUCAUGGAAUAUUAUGUGAAACAUUAUUUCUAAAUAAUUUUAUUUAUGAUUAUAUUAAAUAUUGUGAUUCUAUAUUUCAAUUUCCUAUAAAUCCAGUAUAUUUAAAUCAUAUCCGUUUUUUAUAUGAAAAUAUUUCAGAAAAAACAAAUAUAAAAACAUCAAUUAUACCUGAUUAUAUUUGUUAUGCCCAUUCAAAAUAUAUUGAAUAUUUAUUGGCAUUAUUUGGAAAAAAAGGAAUGCACAAAAAAGCUGAUCUUUUUAAAUUUAAAUUUACUAUUUUUUGUUGA